AUGCGCUCUCGAAUAAAAUAUUCUCUCGUUCCCCGCACCCCGACUGCGGUAGUGGGUCAAUGGCGCCCUUGGCCUCUCCGUCUUCCCUAUCUCCUCACGUUUUCCCUCGUCUGCACUCUGUUCAUCGUUGCUCUCGAGCUCAUCCUUCGGUCAUGUCAGCCCGAUGGCUGCCGCGUCCCCGGUAAACCCGACUCCAGCAGCGGCGACGACGGCUCCUUGUAUCUCUCGGUGGCAACGAACUUUGUCUACAACUACCUGCCAACAAUCGUGUCGCUGUUCUUUGGUUUCCUGGUCGCAGUCCUGCAUCAUGAUUCUAUGCGCAUGGAACCGUGGUUCCAGAUGAGCCGCGAGGAGGGCGCGACAGCCAAGGACUCGUUGCUGCUGGACUAUCCAUAUCUCUUCCCACUGUUUGUUCCGUUCGAGGCGGUAAAGCGACGUCACUAUUCGGUCUUGACUGGAUCAUGUAUACUUCUCCUCACCAGCCUUGUCCUUAUCCCGAUGACGGCUGGCCUUUUCGACGACAGUGACCUAUCACACGAAAUAGCACACAACACGACAUUCGCCGCCCUGCAGUGGAGAAAUACCUCCGCCAACUACUCGAGCGCUGCGUUCUCCCCGCGAUAUACAUACCUUGCCUAUGGCCAUGCCUGGCUGAAUGGCUCUCUUCCGCCAUUUACCAAGCCCGAGUACGCGCUGGCGCCCUGGGCUGAGGUUGACUUUAACAGCAGCGUGACCAAGCGCAAUGACACCGGCUCUGCCAAACCCGACCAGGUGUGGAUAGGCCCAUCCUUCCGCUACGAAGCUGACCUCGAAUGCGAGGCAGCGGUAAAGACGCCGGUCGUUGUGGAGGGUGUUGGCACAAUCGGUUAUAACCUCACGUCCCCCAACGGCGCUGUGGGCGCUGUCCUCUGGGUGCCUGGUGUGGCCGACACAAAUGACACAGAUUUAAUGAGCCGGCUCGAGGACGUGGUCCCCGGCUUUAGCACCUUUGCUUACAAACUUUCACAGGACAUGUUUGCCAGCGGCGCGGCACACUAUAGCCUCGCGGUCAUGCCCAACAGGUACUAUGAGUACAGCGACCGCGACAAGUAUGAGGAAUUUAUGGAAUCGAGGCUCUACAUCUGGACGUCCGCACUGCCCCGGGACUGGAACAGCACGCGGGUGUCUGGGUCUGGCUCGCGGGGCUUGACGGUGAUCUAUUGUCGGCCGCGGUUCUACUCGCAGCCCGUCAACGCUACUGUGCUUAUGCCCUCUGGAGUCAUCCUGAACGUGUCGCAAACUGCGGACCGUGUUCUCGUAGAACAGGUGGACCGAUCGCGUCUUGGGAGCUUUUAUGGCGACUUGCACGUUGGCAAUACUGGCGGUAAUGUAAAUUUGACAGCCUAUAGGGACUAUUUCUACAGUCUCGUGGGGUUCGGGUACCUCCCCCCGACGCAGCCCGACAACCUUGGUCAAGUGCUGCGGCGCUUCGGCGGCAGCGUGGACGUCCCGCGCGUGCAGCCAAAGUACUUUGGGGAGCCGGCGUGA